AUGCAAAGUGAAAAAGUUUGGAACACUGUUGAAUUUGGUUGGUCUCCACCUAAGGUGUUGGAUAGAGAAGGUAGACCAACUAAUGUUAUCAAGCCUAAAUUGGAAUGGGAUAGAAGUGAAAAUGAAGCAAGUGAGAAUAAUGCUAGAGCCAUGUACUCCAUCUUCGAUGCCAUUAGUACAGAUGAAUUCCGUAGGAUUGCUACAUGUACUUCGGCUAAGGAGGCUUGGGAUAUUCUCCAAGUGACUCAUGAAGGAACUAAUGCCGUGAAAGUGUCCAAGCUUCAAAUGUUGACAUCUAGGUUUGAGACCAUUAGGAUGGAUGAUCAUGAAACUUUUGGAGAAUUUAAUGCAAAACUGAUGGACAUUGUGAAUUCUAGCUUCAAUCUAGGUGAACCCAUCUCUAACUCUAAGGUGGUGAGAAAAAUUUUGAGAUCUCUUCCUGAGAGAUUUAGAGCUAAGGUCACCGCCAUUGAAGAGUCUAAGGAUGUGGAUUCCUUGAAGAUAGAUGAACUUGUAGGUUCCCUCCAAACCUUUGAGAUGACUCUUGUAUCACCUAGGAAAGCUAAGGGAAUUGCUUUAAAAGCUAUUAAAGAAGAGUCCCUAAGUUCCGAAAGUGAGGAUGAUGAGAAAAUGUCGGAGGGUGAGCUUACUAAGUUUGCUAAAAAAUUCAAGAAGUACAUGAAAUUCAGAAAAGCCAAGAAAGAAUCAAAUGAUGGUAAAAAAUGGAGGAACUCAAUUGGAAAAGAGAAAAAGAUGGAGAAAAGUGUGAAAAAGGAGUUGAAAAUUGAGUGCUUUAAAUGUGGGGGAAAGGGUCACUAUGCAUUUGAAUGUCCCUCAAAGAAAAAAGACAAGAAGGCCAUGAAAGUUACUUGGAGUGACUCCGAGUCUAAUCAAUCAAGUGAAAAAGAAUCCAAUGGAAGUGAGGAAUGCACUAACUUCAUAGCCUUUGCUGCAAGUGUCAAUGAGGAACCUCUUUUAAAAGAAGCUUCAAGUGAGUCAAGUGACUCCAAUGAUGAUGACAUGAGUUUUGACACAGCGUAUGAGACUUUGUAUAAGGAGUGUUUGAGCCUUAAACAAGAACAAGUCAAGUGGAAGGCUUCUAAGAAGAUUUUAACCAAUGAGGUUGAUGUUUUAAAGGGAGAAAAGAAAGCCUUGCUUGAUAAAAUUGCAUUUCUUGAAAAUGAACAUUUGGAAGUGAAGGAAAAAUGUGAUAUGUUGAAAAGUGAAAUUCAAAUGUUCAAGGAUGAGUUAAGUCUUAGGAAGGAAGAGUUACAUCCUAGCUCUAAAAGACUUAAUGAGUUAAUUAAUUCAGGGCGUAAAUCUUUUGAUAAAAGAGGCUUAGGAUUUCUUGGUGAAAAUGCUACUACAAGUAGUAGUAAAACGGUUUUUGUUAAGCCUUGUGAAAAAGAAUCUCCUAAGAAACCUCAAUCUCAAAUCAAGUUUCAUUGCAAUCAUUGUGGAAAAAUGGGACACACUUUUGAUAGAUGUUAUGCAAGAUUGUUUGAUAAUUUUCAAAGGAGGUUGACCAACCUAAUGAAUGAAUGUCAUGCUUUGAAGAAUAGGUUGUUGAAUCAGAAUAAGAGAGUGUCCAAGAAGAGCUCAAAGAUCUCUCAUAAUGGUGAGUUGAAAGGAAGCACUUUGAAUGAAAAGACAAAAAUCUCAAAUGUUAAACAAAUUUGGGUGAAAAAGAAUGAGUUGAAGUGUUUCGUUGUCCAUACCGCACUUAAAGCUAUUGAGUCACACUCAUGGUAUCUUGAUAGUGGAUGUUCACAUCAUAUGACUGGAAAUAAAUCUUUGUUCACUUCAUUCACUGAAUUUGAUGGAGGAAAUGUGACAUUUGGAGAUGGUAAUAUGGCUAGAGUGAAAGGCAAAGGUACCAUUUGUGCCCCCAACAUUCCUAAUCUUGAAGAGGUCUUAUAUGUUGAAGGUUUAAAGGCUAACUUAAUUAGCAUAAGCCAAAUGUGUGAGAAUGAGUUCAAUGUCCAAUUUUCACAAAAUCUUUGCAAGGUGUUUGACUUGAAUGAUUUUUGUGUGAUGAUUGGCUUGAGAACUUGUGAUAAUUGUUAUGUUGUUAGUCAAAAGUCUCCUUCAUCAUCUUCUCUUGUGUGUGGAAGUUCUAAAAUUGCAUGUGUUAAUCACUUGUUGGAACAUAGAUUGUUGCAAAAUGAAAAAGAACAUCCCAUUGUAAAAGUUAGGAUUGAUAGGGGGAGAAAAUUUGAUGAUGCCAAUGUUGUUGAUAGGUUAAAGAACCAUGUUCUUCAUUCUAGAUCAAAACAUGUGGACAUUAAGCAUCACUUCAUUCAAGACUUGGUAGAAGACAAGAUUGUUUCACUAGAGUUUUUCCUUAUGGAGGGUCAAAUUGCUAACAAUGUUACUAAACCUUUGGAUGUUUCUAGGUUUGAAUCACUUAGGAGCCCCAUAGGUUUAUAUACUCUCUAUUAA